AGCUGGUCCAAUUGCGAAGCUUGACCGUCCUCGCCCCUCCCCCCAUGUCCAUCCAUCGUCCAUCCAUGUCCCAUGUCCCAUGUCCCAUCGGCUGUCGUGCCUCUCGUUCCCGUUCCCCUUCUACCUCUUUCCCCGACUUUUUUUCUCUUCUGCAACGGCUGAUCUCUGACACCCUCUUUCCUCCUGUUUUAUGACCGAGAUUUGUUAACAGGUACCUCUUGUUGUGCCUGUGCUGCAACUCAGCCGCUUUGCGCGUACUAUCUAUCUAUCGUGGGUCCCCACACGUGAGAGCCAACGAAACGAGGAACACUUGGACGUUAGAGAGCUGGAGAGAGAGAGCUGAUUUGGGUCGCAUAACGUGUACCUUCACCUUAUCUACCUGCACCUUCUGCCUCAUUUCCCAAACUGCCCGAAACCAUGACUACCCCCAAGAUCCUCCGUCCGUCGUUCGCAUUAUGACCACGUCGUUGUUGUGCCCCUGUUGAUCGCCAGCUGCUGCCCACCCCCCAAAGAAUCCCGACGCACUUUUGCACCACACACACAUCACCGCCAAGCCGAGUUUCAACACCAGUCACCACACCCGACACCAGCUAACAUCUGCCGCCCGAUCCGCGUCCCCCUCUCUUUGUGUGUGCCGACCGCCUCAUCCGCCGUCUCCCACCCCCGCUGAGAGCUCACGACUGACUGAGCUCGUUCAAGACUGCCCUGCCAGUCCGUCAUGUUCUCGCUAUAAAGGAGCGCCGAGAUGACCACCUUUAUCAAGGAACACAAAUGGGUCAACAACCAUGGCCAGCCCCCCUCCAAGAGACGGAGGAUCAAUGCUGCAUGCUUGACAUGUCGCAAAAGGAAAACCCGGUGCGCGGGCGAGAGACCGGUGUGUUCGACAUGUGCCAAAAAUGGCCACACUUGUCUCGGCUACAACGAUUUGGAUGAGAAGAAGAGGCCAGCAGAUGGAGGGCCGUCAGAUGCGCAGGAUUAUCGGGACGACAGCACAAAGCAUGAGCAUGAGGAGGACUACCUGAAUGGUGAGAAGGUGGAGGUCAAGAUGGAGCCUCAGCAGAUGUGGCAGAACCGUGGUGAGGAUAACUACGCCAACGAUGGGAAUAAAAAGGGGGACCAACGAUUUUGGAAGAGUCGGUCACAAUCACAUUUGCAACAACAGCAGCAGCAGCAACAACAACAACAACAACAACAACCACAGCAGAAGCCACGUAUGGCGGGCUUUGUGGAUGCGGAUGCGCUUUCGAGACAGGACUCGGCAUCAACGGCUACCGUGACGUCUGGCCGGCGACGGAAACACAGCAAUGAUUGGGAUCAGGACGAUAACUCUCAGAAAUCGAAUAACCGGAGCUCGAGUAACCGGUCGCCUGUUGAGCAUCAGCAUCAGCAUCAGCACGAAAGUCACCGGGUGCCCUACUUUAGGUAUUUUGGGCCGACUGCCAUCGUCCCAGGCUUCAAGCAGAUGGUGGUGGACAUCUCGCGCGAGAUUCAUCGUGAUAGGCGCAAGAGUCGGGGCAGUUCCUUCUCGACAACAUCACCAGGGUCAUUGUACGGGUGCGGUGCAGGGCAGCACCAUUUCAACAACCCGGGAACCGAGUUCGACAGUCUCGAAGACAUUCCGGUUUAUGACGUGAACGAUUCGAAUCCGGUUCACCCGUUGAUCCUCAACCUCGCUAUAACCUUCUUCACUCACCUUGGUUGCAACUAUCAGUUUAUGCGAAAGGACAGGACCCUGCGCAUGCUCAAGGAAAAGAGACUGGAGCCCAUCUUGGUAGAUGCAAUGUGCGCUUUGGCAGCUCGCUUUUCUGACGACCCCAUCUUCAUCAACCCACAUGACGGAAAAGAAAAGAGAUCAGAGUUCGGGCAGGUGUUCGCUCGGCGUGCCAAAGCGGCCACGGUGGACACUUUCCCAUGCCCAUCCGUUGCUGCUGUGCAGGCCUGUCUUUUGAUGGCAUACGAAGGGUUCGGGGCAAACCAGGACAGCGCUCUCUGGAUGUAUUUGGGCCUGGCCAUCAGGAUGGCGGUCGAUCUCGGUCUUCAGAAGCUGGAAGGUGUUAAGUACCAAGGUGAACGAGAUCCUUGGUACACGAGAAGCUGGAGCCGGAAAAGCAACGAUGGAUCCGAUGAACCCGAGGGAAAGCGAAACGACGAAGAGGUUUUGGGGCCGCACGAGCAGCGUGAGGUGGAACAGGAGCGCAUGGAUACCUUUUGGGCUGUCUUUGUUCUGGACCGUGUCAUAUCGUCGGGAACAGGGCGUCCAGUCACGUUCCGUGACGACGACUUUGAGCUGUCGCUUCCGGAACACGCCAUCGAUCCGGUCUCGGGCUGGCCCGACCCCUUCCCGCCGUUCAUCGAGAUCAUCCACCUGUACGGCAGAGUAUCGGAUGUUUUGAACAAUAUUCGGGAUGCCAACGACCUCACCGAGGAGAAGAUGCAGAAGCUUGCACAGAUGGAGAUUGACUUGAGCCACAUUUACAAGAAGCAGGAUUCGCGUCUCCAUUUUGACCCUGCCAACUUUCGAAAGUAUGUCGAGGCAGGAAAGGGCACCAUCUUUAUUCUGCUGCACUUUUGGUUCCACGCUCUGAUCGUUGUCCUUCAUCAGCCGACGCUGUUGACUCCGUUUUACAGCCUCAGACCGACUCAGUUGCUGCCGAACAGCCGGGAGCUCUCCAUGUCGAGUGCCAAAACCAUUGCUGACAUCCUCGCCUUUGCCGACCUGAUCGACCCAAAGAGUUUUAUCGGGAACCCGUUCACAUCCCAACCAAUUUACAUCGCUGCAUGUGCCUUCUUGAUGGAAUCUGGAGCGAAUGCGUCACACCCCCCUUCGCGAGAGCCAUCACCUUCUCCAGAAGCCAAGUCUCGCUUUUUUAAAGGCAUCCCUGGGAAAUUGGGCCCAUCUAUUGACCCCCGACAGAAACACUCACUCCUUGUCUCUGCUGCCAAUUCGAACUACACACGGUGUUACAAGUCUCUCCAGCAACUGCAGCAGUACUGGGCGGGCGUCGGUUACAUUCUCAACGCCCUUGACCAAAAAUCAAAGGGCAUCUGGGACUGCGAGACGUUCACAAAGGAGGAAUACGAACCCAUUACGCUGGCCCGUCGUCGUUCACUGGAACGCUUGCCACGAUUUGAGCAUCCCGCCUCGCCCAACGUUCCACCCAUCGCAUACUCUCUUACUGGGACCACAAACUCGCCAAAUUCGAACCUGACGGUCUUGUUCCAGAAUCCAGCAAAUACCACACUUCCGCCCAUACCGCCACCUCCACCUCUCUCGGUUCCCGUGUCUGCCGCAACACCUCCUGGGAACAUGACAUAUGAUCCCGUCCGGCAAAGCCUUCCAGACACUCCAUCUGCUAUGCUCCCGCCGGCCUAUCCCCAAGCCAAUAUAUCGGCUCUGCGCUACCAGUCGAGAACCCCCAAACUGUCCAGGUUACCACAAUCGCCGGCAAUGGGCAAGUCCCUGUUAAAAUACGAAUCCUCCCCCUCUGUCGACUUAGACCUGAACACACCCCCACCCGCAGACAGACAUCAGAGGCAGAACCACCACCCCACGCAUCAUCAGACUAGUCACAACAACAACAACCACAACAACAACAACAACCAGAACCACCACCACAUCCCCUCCUACGCCUCCUCCUCCUCUUCCACCACCACCCACCACCACCACCACCACCACCACUCCUCCAACACCUCAAGCUACGAAACCUCGACCACGCACGAGGGGUCCCCUUCCACAACCCCGACAGAUUCCGGUUUGCACCACUACCAGCACAAUUCCCACGACCAUCAUCACGGGAAUCACCACGACAACAACCAUCACGACGAUAACAGCGUAGGUCAUAACGAGUACGAGACAGAUUUUAGUCAUGGUGGGUUGGUUUCAGGGGGAGGAGGAGGAGGAGGAGGAGGGGGAGGGGGGUACGGGUACUUGGAGAUUAAUCCGAUAAGCGAGGCGAUUACUUCGAAUAGCUUUGAAGUGAAUUUUGAUAUGUUGGGGCUACAGAGCGAUUUGAUGAUGCCGCCUUGGUUGGAGAUUUUACCUGGGGAGGUGCUGGGGGGGUUGUUUGAGGGGGGAUUGAUGCAUCAUGGGCAGCAUAUGUGA